UUGCAUCACAUCACAUCACAUCAUCACAUCUCAUUAUUUCCUUUCGAUAUUUAGUGAUACAUAUAUUAGAGGUACCUACGGCCCUACCAUCGCAUUCUUCUCUCUACUCACUUGAUUGGCGCCCUUGUCUUAUAAACAAAAACAAACUGAUUCAGGUAUGCAAAACCAACGAACUUGCUGUGAGUAGACAUUAGUUUAGGCAGCAAGUAAUUUAUAAAGAUACCUUUUUAGUUAUUUAAUUUCACUUGUUAUUGAGAAUACCUAGGUAUUGCCUCGCAAUUUUUGCAUUUUUAUCCAACAUGGAAACUCAAGUUUUUAUUCCUUUUAGUCCCCUAAAGUCCCAUUCCGACGCCAUGGCACAACGCAAUAUGUCCGACCCCAAGGAGAGAUUCUUUCGAUAUUUCCAAGCCGAAAUAACUGCUAUCCAGGGCCAAAUCGAUGACCUCGCAACUAUGUCUCCCGUCGGCGGCGAGAGGCAAGACUGCGUCGACACGAUUUUGGCUGGAAUAUCCCGCCUCUCUAACGAGGUUAUGGAUGCGGGUGAUUACAUCCCCGCCUACGACCAACGAACAUAUGCUCAGGCCAUGAAAGCCCUCACCGACAAACUAAACGAGACGAUGGCCAUGUUUGCACCCAAGUCACGCUUCCAGUUUAAGUCGAAAUCUUCCAAGCCUGCUUCCGGGACAGACCAAACUCAAGUUGAUUCCCGCCAACGAACCUCCUUCAGCAACGUAGGAUCCAAGUAUUUACCGGUUCUCGAUGCGGCGAAGCGCGACGCCGCAGGCACCGCCGCCGAGAUAGCGAAGAGCUACAAUGAAGAGCUCGAGCACCAGUCGGGCGUGAGAAAGCCGAGCUUUUCCAACGCCAAGAGCAUUUCCAUCUACGACCACUCGGGAUUACACAUCAUGCUACCCUCCACGGCCUCGAGGGCCACUUCUUCCGGAAGCCUGACGAAUCUCGAGCGGUGUGUUGUGGAUAUGACGGCCCCUACGAGCGCGGGGACGCCAUUUGCAGGAUUGGCGCUGAAGAAUAUCAACCAGAGCUUGAUUAUCGCCGGCCACGUCGCGGGACCUAUAUAUAUCACCGGACUGCGGAAUAGCAUCGUCGUGGUGGCUGCGCGACAAGUUCGGAUCCACGAGUGCGAGAACGUCGACUUGUACCUCCAUUGCUCGAGCCACCCUAUUAUCGAAGACUGCUCUGGGAUGCGAUUCGCCCCUCUACCGGAGCUCUAUGCGACGAAGCUGGAGAUCAAGGGCGAGAACCAAUGGGACCAAGUCGACGACUUCAAGUGGCUGAAGAACGAACCGUCUCCGAACUGGUCCGUCUUGUCCGAGGAGAAACGCAUCCCGGAAGACGUCUGGAAGAAUGCCGUCUGUGGAGGCCCUAGUCUGAGUACGGUUGAUAUACUGCGUAAAGUUGGUAUUCUCGAUUCAUGACGCUGUUGAGACAGUACUCCUGAGCACCACUCCGAAAUCGUCUCUUCAAAAUUUGUAUAAGUCAGGGUCUAGCGUACGGCGUCGGUUUCUUUAUUGUUUUAUCAGGUAUCCUUAACAAUGUUGAUGCUGUAUUAAACAAUAGCUUGGAGGAGGUAGUUCCUAAUAAUGAUGAACUCUCAUUCCAUUCGUACUCUUGGUUCUCCUGAA